GAGACAGAGAGCAGAGUCUCCAGGACCCAGCGGUCUGUCUGUGAAGAGUGACCGGUCUAUGGGAAAACGUAUAAACUUCAGUCAUGAACCUGGAGCCUCAGAGACAAAAGGUCAGAACCAGAGACCGAGAGCAGAGUCUCCAGGACCCAGCGGUCUGUCUGUGAAGAGUUAUGAGUCUAUGGACAUACCUUUAUGCUUCAGUCGUGAACCUGGAGCCUCAGAGACAAAAGGUCAGAACCAGAGACAGAGAGCAGAGUCUCCAGGACCCAGCGGUCUGUCUGUGAAGAGUGACUGGUCUAUGGACAAACCUUUACACUUCAGUCAUGAACCUGGAGCCUCAGAGACAAAACACAAGUUUGCUGUUUCUGUGGACGAGCAGACGUCCUGCUGUCAGGACGUCCUGAAGGAUCCAGUCACCACUAGCUGCGGUCACCAGUUCUGCAGACGCUGCAUCUCCUCAUACUUGGACCAGUCUGGUCCACCAGGAGACUCCUGCUGUCCCCAGUGUGGGAAAAGACCCAGGACAGGACGUGGACCACAGAGCAUCCCAGAUGUUGGUCUGCAGAAGGUUCUAGAUGAACAUAAGAUCAUUCUGAGGAGCAGAUUUGAACAUGUGACUGAAGGAACUAAAGGAACAGGAAGUAGAACCCUCCUUAACAGGAUCUUCACUGAGCUCUACAUCACAGAGGGACAGAGUGAAGAGGUCAAUACUCAACAUGAGGUGAUGCAGCUGGAGACGACCUCCAAGAAGAAGAUGGUCCAGGACACUCCCAUCAAGUGCUGCGACAUCUUUAAAGCCUUACCUGACCAGCAGGGGAGAAUCAGAGUCGUCCUGACCAACGGUGUCGCUGGUGUUGGAAAAACCUUCUCGGUGCAGAAGUUCACUCUGGACUGGGCCGAGGGUUUGGAAAACCAGGAUGUGAAUCUGCUGAUUGUCCUCUCGUUCAGGGAGCUGAACCUGAUCAGAGAUCAGCAGCACAGUCUUCUCACGUUGCUCCAUGUUUUCUAUCCAACAUUAGAGAAGGUCAGAGCAGAGGAGCUCGCUGUCUGUAAACCUUUGUUCAUCUUUGACGGCCUGGAUGAAAGCAGACCCUCACUGGACUUCAGCAGCAGGACGCUGGUUUCUGACGUCACACACAGGUCAUCAGUCAACGUGCUGCUGAUCAACCUCAUCCAGGGGAAUCUGCUUCCCUCGGCUCUCGUCUGGAUAACUUCUCGACCUGCGGCGGCCAAUCAGAUCCCUCCUACAUGUGUUGCCAGGGUAACAGAAGUACGAGGCUUCACUGACGACCAGAAGGACGAAUACUUCAGGAAGAGAUCCAGAACUGAAGAUCUUUCCAGCAGAAUCAUCUCACACAUCAAGAUGUCCAGGAGCCUCCACAUCAUGUGUCAAGUCCCAGUCUUCUGCUGGAUCAGUGCUACAGUUCUGGAGCACAUGUUGACCACAGCGCAGAGAGGAGAGCUGCCCAAGACCCUGACAGACCUGUACUCACACUUCCUGCUGGUUCAAACCAAGAGGAAGAAGAACAAGUACGAUAAAGGACAUGAGAUGAGUCCACGGGAGCUGAUGGAGGCAGACAGGGACUUUCUUCUGAAGCUGGGGAGGCUGGCCUUUGAACAUCUGCACAAAGGAGACAUCAUGUUCUACCAAGAAGACCUGGAGCGGUGUGGUCUUAGUGUGACAGAAGCCUCGGUGUACUCAGGAGUUUGUACAGAGAUCUUCAGAAGAGAGAGUGUGAUCUUCCAGAAAUCAGUCUACUGCUUUGUUCAUCUAAGCGUCCAGGAGUUUCUGGCUGCAGUCUACAUGUUCCACUGUUUCACCAACAGGAAGAAAAAGGUCCUGAAGAACUUCUUCAGACAAGAAGUUGAUGGUGAUGAUGAUGAAGAUGAUGAUGAUGGUGGUUACACUUCUCUGGAUGUGUUCCUGAAAGGAGCCAUGGAGAAAUCCCUUCAAUGUGAAAAUGGUCACCUGGACCUGUUUGUUCGCUUCCUUCAUGGACUCUGUCUGGAGUCCAACCACAGACACUUAGGAGGUCUGCUGGGUCAGACUCAGAACAGUCCAGAAAUCAUCCAGAGGGUCAUUGAGAACCUGAAGAAGAUGAACACAAAGAACAUCUCACCUGACAGAAGCAUCAACAUCUUCCACUGUCUGACAGAGAUGAACGACCAAUCAGUGCAUCAGGAGAUCCAAGAGUUCAUGAAGUCAGAGAACAGAGGACAGAAACUCUCUGAGAUCCACUGCUCAGCUCUGGCCUACAUGCUGCAGAUGUCUGAGGAGGUUCUGGAUGAGUUGGACCUGGAAAAGUACAACACAUCAGACCAGGGGAGACAGAGACUGAUUCCAGCUGUGAGGAACUGCAGGAAGGCUCGGUUGAGGGAAUACACUUUGACAGAGAUCAGCU